AUGAUCUAUGUCAACUGGUACCAUCACACAGUGCCCAAGAUCUUCGGAGUGUUCAGCUAUCUCAUCAACCCGUUCUUCAUUUAUUUGGUGCUCACAAAGUCGAAUUCUCAAAUGGGAAAGUACCGAUAUCUUCUCAUUUUCUUCGCCAUUUUCGACAUUGCUUACUCGUGCGCCGAAAUGUUAACACCAAUGGUGAGUUGGAUUGGAGGCGGUGAACGAACGGGUCGAUGUUUAGGCGGUGCUCGACACUGGCUACGGUUUUGUCGCGUUCAUUGUGGACGGUCCGUUCUUCGAUGACGUGGUUGGCGGGCAACACGGAGUCGCCUCGAGAUGCUGCUUCAUUUCUUUGAGCUACGCAAUUCUAAUCAUUCAUUUUGUGUAUCGGUAUUUACUUUUAUUCAAGUGAGUUCAGAUUGCGGACACUUAUCAAGUACCCAAAGUUUUUCCUAGCCUCACGGCGACCAAAAGUGUAGAAAGGGGCGUGGCCUAAUCUGAGACGCGUUUUCUGAAAAUUGCCGCAAUUCCAGCACACUUUUCCGAUAUUUUUGCGUUUGAUAUCGACGAAAGAAGAGACAUUAAAGAGAGAAAACAUCGAAAUUUUCGUGAAAACGCCGCGUUUGAGACAUUUUUGGCAUAUUUCGCAAUACGCCCUCCGCGGCCAAUCGCCGCCGCAAUUUCGGAAUUUUCAUACCGGCCGAUCUGGAUAGUUUUGAGACGAAGUGAGUGUCGGAAGUUAUUAAGCACGUUAAUACAAGUAUUUUAAGCGUUCAAACGGCAAAAAGUAUCGGCGAAUAACUGAAAUUCGCGCAUUUUCAGCACAAAGCUUGAAAAUCGAUUCAAUUUAUUCAUUUCUGAAUGAAACCUGCUCGUUUUAAACUAAAAAAGUGCGCGAUGAUUAGUUUAACAAAGCUAUGCAAUUACAUCGUACAAAAUUCGGGUAAUUUUUGACGAAGAACAUGAAAAAUGGGGUUAAAUUUCGAAAUUCGCGCCAAAAUGGUGAUAAACCGUGCACGCUAGGCCACGCCCCUUUCAACGUUUUUAGUCGCCGUGAGCGCCUUAAUUUAAAAUGUUCGAUUUCAGUCCGACCUACGUGCGCAAGUUCUUCGAGCCGCUUGGCGUCGCGCUCAUCACCGCCUACUUUCUGUUCCACGGCGUCUCGUGGACGUGGAUUUGCGAGCACUGUCUGGCCGCCAACGAUGAGAUCCGGCGACUUGUGCGGCCGGCGAUCAACGACGUCUAUCACGUGGAUUCGGACACACUUGCGAUGCUCACCGCACAAUAUAUGGUGGGAACUGAAAAGAAAACAGUUGUUUUCCUUCAAAAAUGAUAAGGUCAAUCAAUGUUCAGAACGCCAGCGAUUAUGUUGUGUACAAGAGUUGGAUCGGGAUCGGCUCGCUGACAAUCUUCUCAACCUACUGUAUGAUUGUGUAUUUUGUGUUGGGAUAUAAGGUGGACAUCAGCAACCGGAUACCUACCAAGACAAAUAUUCAGAUUCUAACCAAAAUCAGUCAAAGAUGCAACCUGAGUCGCAUGAGCCUUACCCUCCAUCGUCAACUCUUCAAAGCGCUCGUCGUCCAGACGUGCAUCCCCAUCUUUGCCAGCUUCGUUCCGACAGUCAUCGCCUGGUACGCACCGAUAUUCCACGUCAAUUUGGCCUGGUGA